AUGGGGAGGCUGCGACGGCGGUACAACGUUAAGGGGCGCCAGCAGGCGGGCCCCGGCCCCUCAAAGGGCCCCCCAGAGCCGCCGCCGGUGAAGCUGGAACUGGAGGAUGGGGAGAACCUGAAAGGUGUAGAUGCUAGCAACGCACUUGUUCUUCCGGGGAAGAAGAAGAAGAAAGCCAAGGCCCCGCCUCUAUCGAAGAAAGUGAAAAAACCUCUGACCAAGAAAGAGAAGAAGAUGCUGCAGAGAGUCUUAGACCAGAAGGAGAAAAAGAUCCAGCGAGCAGAGAUGCUGCAGAAGUUGAGCGAAGUCCAGGUCUCAGAGGCCGAGAUGAAGCUGUUUUAUACCACGGCCAAGCUGGGCACCGGACUCCGCAUGUACCACACCAAAGAGGAGCGAGACCAGGUGGCUCCCCAGGGUCAAGAGAGGAUUAGCAGCCUCAGCGGAGCCCACAGGAAGCGCCACCGAUCCUCAGAGGAAGAGGAAGAGGAGGAAGAGGAAGAGGAAGAGGAGUCCUCUGAGGAGACUGAGGCUGACAAGGACCCAGCCAGGCAGAUGGAGACCGACGCGGGGACAGAGACCCGGGACAAGGUUCCAGCACCUGGCUGCCAGCCUGCUCCAGCUGGGACCCCCGCUGUCACUCCAGCACCUCCCGCAGGCACCUCAACCCUCACCAGACCUCCGGCGAGGCCUGCCGUCUUUGUCCCUGUCAACCGGUCCCCCCAGAUGCAGGAGGAGCGGCUGAAGCUCCCGAUCCUGGCAGAGGAGCAGGUGAUCAUGGAAGCCGUGGCCGAGAACCCCAUCGUCAUCGUGUGUGGGGAGACUGGCAGUGGCAAGACCACGCAGGUGCCCCAGUUCCUCUACGAAGCCGGCUACAGCAGUGACGACAGCAUCAUCGGGGUGACAGAGCCGCGCCGAGUGGCCGCCAUGACCAUGUCUCAGCGAGUGGCCAAGGAGAUGAACUUGUCUCAGCGCAUCGUCUCCUACCAGAUCCGCUACGAAGGCAAUGUGACCGACGAGACACGAAUCAAGUUCAUGACGGACGGUGUGCUGCUCAAAGAAAUUCAGAAGGACUUCCUGCUGCGGAAGUACAAGGUGGUGAUCAUCGAUGAGGCUCACGAGAGGAGCGUGUACACUGACAUCCUCAUUGGCCUCCUGUCCCGCAUCGUGACUCUCCGGGAGAAGAGGCACCUGCCGCUGAAGCUGCUCAUAAUGUCGGCCACGCUGCGAGUGGAGGACUUCACCCAGAACCGGCGGCUCUUCACCACGCCGCCCCCGGUCAUCAAGGUUGACUCCAGACAGUUUCCAGUGACGGUGCAUUUUAACAAGCGGACGCCCCAGGAAGACUACAGCGGCGAGUGCUUCCGGAAGGUCUGCAAGAUCCACCGGAUGCUGCCCGCAGGCGGCAUCCUGGUGUUCCUCACGGGCCAGGCGGAGGUGCACGCGCUGUGUCGCCGACUCAGGAAGACCUUCCCACACACCAGACACGGGCCCCCAGAAAAGGAGGAUCAGAAAGAUUCGGCCGAGGAAAUGCGCAAGUUUAAGAAGUCACGGACGAGGGCGAAGAAGGCGAAGACCAUGGCACUGCCCCAGAUCAACCUGGACAACUACUCGGUGUUGCCAGCGGGCGAGGGCGAUGAGGACAGGGAGGCCGAGAUGGACGACGACGAGGAGGAGGCCCUGGGCUCCGACCUGGACCUGGACUUGGGGGACGAUGGGAUGGCUGAAGGUGAUCAGCCAGAUUCCUCCAUCCCGCUGCAUGUGCUCCCACUCUACUCCCUGCUGGCCCCUGAGAAGCAGACACAGGUCUUCAAACCUCCCCCGGAGGGGACGCGGCUCUGUGUUGUGGCCACCAACGUGGCCGAGACAUCCCUCACCAUCCCCGGCAUCAAAUACGUGGUGGACUGCGGGAAGGUCAAGAAGCGCUACUAUGACCGUGUCACCGGUGUGUCGUCCUUCCGCGUCACCUGGGUCUCCCAAGCGUCGGCGGAUCAGCGGGCAGGCCGGGCUGGGCGGACAGAGCCUGGACACUGCUACAGGUUGUACUCGUCUGCGGUUUUCGCUGACUUUGAGAAGUUCCCUCCUCCCGAAAUCACCCGGAGACCCGUGGAAGACUUGAUCCUUCAGAUGAAAGCGCUCAACAUUGACAAGGUCAUCAACUUCCCGUUCCCGACGCCGCCCUCCGUGGAGGCCCUCAUUGCUGCUGAGGACCUAUUAGUUGCACUAGGGGCCCUGCAGGCACCCCAGAAAGCAGAGAGGGUAAAAGAGCUGCAGAAGUCCCGGGUGAGCUGCCCCAUCACUCCGCUGGGCAAGACCAUGGCCACAUUUCCCGUGGCGCCCCGCUACGCCAAGAUGCUGGCCCUGAGCCGGCAACAUGGCUGCCUGCCUUACGCCAUCACCAUCGUGGCCGCCAUGACCGUGCGGGAGCUCUUCGAGGAGUUAGACAGACCGGCCUCCAGCGACGAGGAGCUCGCUGCCCUGAAGGGCAAGCGGGCGCGUGUGGCCCAGAUGAAGAGGACCUGGGCCGGCCGGGGCGCCUCUCUGCUGCUUGGAGACCUCAUGGUGCUGUUAGGUGCCGUGGGAGCCUGGGAGUUUGCAGGUGGCUCACCCCAGUUCUGCGAGGUCAACGGUCUGCGGUACAAGGCCAUGAUGGAGAUCAGGCGUCUGCGGGGACAGCUGACCACUGCAGUCAACACCGUCUGCCCCGAGGCUGAGCUGUUCGUGGACCCCAAGAUGCAGCCGCCCUCCGAGAGCCAGGUGACCUUCCUGCGGCAAAUUAUAACGGCCGGCCUGGGUGACCACCUGGCCCGCAGGGUCCAGAGCGAAGACCUGCUGGAUGACAAGUGGAGGAACGCCUAUAAGACUCCACUCCUUGACGACCCUGUCUUCAUCCACCCCAGUUCCGUCCUCUUCCGAGAGCUCCCCGAGUUUGUGGUCUACCAGGAAAUUGUGGAGACCACCAAGAUGUACAUGAGAGGUGUCUCAGCUGUGGAGGUGCAGUGGAUCCCCGUGCUACUGUCCCCCUACUGCCAGUUCAGCCCGCCGGCCGAGAGCCCGCCUCCCACCUACUGCCCUGAGACGGGGCGCGUGCUAUGCCAUCGUGCCAGCGUGUUCUAUCGGGUUGGCUGGCCGCUCCCCGAGGUCCAGGUGGACUUCCCCGAGGGCAUUGACCUCUACAAGCACUUCGCCCGUUCCCUGCUGGAAGGACAGGUCUUCCCAAAGCUGGCCUCAUACCAGAGCUGUCUGCUGUCCAGUCCCAGCACGAUGCUGAAGACGUGGGCCAGGCUGCAGCCCAGGACCGAGAUCCUGCUGAAGGCCCUUGUCGCUGAGAAAGCGGACUGCCGCGAUGCCUUGCUGGCUGCCUGGAAGAAAAACCCCAAAUACCUACUGGCAGAGUACUGUGAGUGGCUCCCACAGGCCAUGCACCCUGACGUGGAAAAAGCCUGGCCCCCCACCUCUGACCUCUGA